AUGAGACCUUCGAUUCUUCUCUCUGUCACCGUCGCUGCCGUUGCGCAGGCGGCGGUUGUGCCUCAGGCGGCUGCUGCAUCUGGGCUUAAAUGGCUCGGUGUUAGCGAGUCUGUUGCUGAGUUCGGGACAGCCUUACCCGGGACCUGGGGCGUGGACUUCUAUUUCCCCUCGACCACAACGAUUGACACUUUGAUCAGUGAGGGCUAUAACAUCUUCCGCAUUCCAUUUUUACUCGAGCGUAUGGCUCGUGGAAGCAUCACUGCGCAGCUGGACAGCGGGUACCUCAACAAUCUCACCAGCGUCGUUACUCACAUCACCGGGAAGGGCAAAUUUGCCGUCCUUGACGCCCACAACUACGGUAGAUACAAUGGCGCAGUUAUUACAGACACGUCUGCUUUCGGCACAUUCUGGAAGAACCUUGCCACGCAAUUCAAGAGCAAUGCCAAUGUCAUCUUCGAUAUCAACAAUGAAUAUCACGACAUGGACCAGACCCUGGUACUGAACCUCAACCAAGCCGCCAUCACCGCGAUUCGAGGGACCGGCGCAACCUCGCAGUACAUAUUCGCCGAGGGAAACUCGUGGACAGGGGCUUGGACGUGGAACACGACCAACGACAACCUGAAGGGCCUCAAAGACCCCAACAACAAGCUCGUGUACGAGAUGCACCAAUACCUGAACUCGGACGGCUCCGGCUCCAGUGGCGACUGCGUCUCGGGCACUAUAGGUGUCGACCGUAUCGUCGGCGCCACCAACUGGCUUAGGGCCAACGGAAAGCUCGGCGUCCUGGGCGAGUUCGCCGGGGGACCGAACAGCCAGUGUCUCUCUGCCGUGACGGGGCUUCUGGACCACCUGAAGGCCAACUCGGAUGUUUGGCAGGGAGCGCUGUGGUGGGCUGCAGGGCCCUGGUGGCCGGCGUCCACGUAUUCGAGCUUUGAGCCGCCCAGUGGAACUGCAUACCAGUACUACGAUAGUCUGUUGAAGAAGUAUGUCCCUGCUUAG